UUGUAGCAAUUUAGCAUGAAUGGUGCUCAUCACCUGGUCCAGCCCGGUGUGAGGUUUAGCAGCAAAAGCGUAGCAAAAGACUUUGCAAAGAGAGCGAGAGGAGCCCCUCUCUCUCUCUCUUGCAAGUUUUGCCUUUUCCAGAUCUGUCCGCAAGGAAAGGAGCCUUUGGAAACAAAACAAAAAAGUCGCUUGCAAGCUCUCUCGGUUCUUCGGCGAAAAAAUUGCAGGCCGCGAAACCCUUGCACGGCUUGCUCAGAGUGUCCCGUUGUGUCAGGAGCAGCUGCACAAGCACAGGACCAGAAGUUGCCAUUUUUUGCCAUUCGUUUGCUGCGAGCUUCAGAACGUUCAGCCAGCAGAGCUAAAAUGGCCGCCACACGCCGCUGGAGGGCCGAAGCUGAGCGCACCCGGCUCCGGGAGGACCCCAAAGGUCUCGAAACGGGGAUCGGCGAGGCAGGAACCCUCGAAAGCCCCUUGGCAAGCCGUGCGGCAGACGCCGGGGGAUACGUGGUACGCCAAGAGAGCCAGCCGAGAGCAGGGAGCAGCGGUCACUAUCAGUGGGAGACCGAGUUCCAAGAGUUUCUGGAAGGUUCCGUCUGGGAGGAGCAGACCCCGGAGGAGCUGGCCCUGCGGGCCGACACCCGGGCCUUCCUGGCCUCCUUUGAGCAGGUGGCCGUGGCCUGCCACUGGCCCAGGAGGGAGUGGGUGACCCGGCUGCUGCCGGCCCUGGGCGAGGAAGCGGAGAAGGCCUUCAUCAGCCUGGACCCCCAGGACCGCGGAGACUUCCAGAAGGUCAAGGCGGCCAUCUUGAGGCGCGAGGCCCUGGCGCGCGAGAAGAAGCACCAGGAGUUCCGCCGCUUCUGCUACCAGGAGGCCAAGGGGCCCCGGGAAGUCCUUGCACGGCUCCAGGAGCUGUGCCAACAGUGGCUGAACACAGAGAGGAGCAGCAAGGAGCAGAUCUUGGAGGCUUUGCUCCUGGAGCAGUUCCUCAACGUCCUGCCGAAGGAAAUGUACCACUGGGUCAAGGAGCGUGUGCCGGAGAGCUGCUUGCAGGCCGUGGCUCUGGCGGAAGAUUUCCUGAGGAGGUUGCAAGCGGCCGAAAGGGGGGAAGAACCGGAGCAGGAAGAGGCUGCAGAUCUUCGCAAGAAGCAGGAAGUUCCGCUGGAAACGGUGCCGCUGCAAACUUGGGCUUCGAGGGAGGUCCAAGGGGAGCCCAGUUCAUCAUCACGCAAGACUUGCACAGGUUAUGGGCAGGCUGGCGUGGCAAGGAAGAAGAAGACCUUCCAGUGGGGCCGCUACGGGGAAGUGAAGCUGCGAGCCCGGUUUCCCGGAAGAGCAAACGCAGUCCUGCCAUCCCGCUGGAAGCAGGCCGGAGGCACCCAGGAGCAUCGCCGCUCCGAUAGGCUGAAGCGAGCCCAGGUGCCGAACCUGGCCGAGGCACCUCCCUCGCCGCCGCCACCUCCUCCUCCUCCAUCUCCUCCACCUCGGGAUGUCAAGCCCAAGCUCAAGAAGCCCUCCCCCCCUCCAGACGCCGCCCCCAAGAGCCAGAUCAAGAUGUGCCCCGAAUGCGGCCGGGGCUUCAACGGCUUGGCGACCUUCAACCGCCACCGUAUGCUCCACACCGGGGAGAAGCGCUACGAGUGCUGCUUCUGCAGCAAGGGCUUCUGCUGGCGCUCGGAUCUGGUCCGGCACGAGUGCCAGCACACCGGGAAGAAGCCCCACGAGUGCCCCUUCUGCGGGGAGGGCUUUGACCGCAAGUGGCAGCGAGAGAAGCACGAGCUGAUCCACACCAAGAGCAAGGCGAAGCUGUGAGCGGCCUGCGACUGGGCGGGAGGGAAUUAGCGGGAUUUUAGGAAUAAGGGUGGGAGCGGAUAUUGUUGCUGGGUUAAAGCUCUCUGGGGCAGAACCGGAGAAGGGGGGCUUCUCGUUGCCAACCCUGGCGCCCUCCAGAUGUUCUGGAUCACAAUUCCUGGUGGGAUUUGUGGUCCAGAACAUCCCAGCUUCCAAAGUCUGCCUCAGACAGGACCUGCAGUCUCGUUCCAGCUCCUUCCUCUUCUUGCCAACAAUUUUGCGUCGUUUUUCUGGCCACCUGAGUGCAUCUCCUGGUUUCGGCAGCCUAUGUGGAGGAGGCAGCCAUGCCCAAAUGGAUCAGGGUCAUGUGGGGCCACCCACCCCCAAAAAAUCCAGCCACCAUCCAGCCAAAGUGAAUUCUUUUCGAAAUUCCUCUUAAAGCAUGUGUUUCUUCUACAUGUAAACAUCCUGCAUCGCUUGGCAGGAUGUCCCGCCCCUCUUGUUAUUCCUUCCUCAUGGUGAAGCUAUCCCAAAAUAAAGCACACCCCUCCAAAAAAAAGUUGUAUGUUGCAUUAUCCUGUUCUGAAUUAGCGACCAAGCUUAGGCAAUAUAUAAGGGUCGAUUUUUACUUUAAGCCCCUUGAAUUUAUUGAAGGAGUGGAGUGAGUUGGAAGGGAAGGUGGAAUAAGGGAAGCAGUUUUGAAUUCGAGGUUGGUAGUGGGGAAAGCAUAAGGUGUUAUAUGGGGCAUGUUGAGCUUUUUGCAAGCGAGAGUUAAUUCUACUGUUCAUGUUACAUGUGUGUUUGAAUUAUCUGCAUUCUGAUGUUUCUGUGUCUCUGCCUUUCUGAAGGAAAAGAAAUUUGACGGGUGCUUCUCAAUAACAUCGGUUGGGGAUUCUUUCUUUUAAAAGCCUACUCCACAGAUUAGGUUGUGGGGAGAGAAUUAAAGGGAAGCAUCUUGAGGGGGCUGAAAGUGGACUGUACUAUUUUAGGAUGUUGGUAGGGGGUACCAUUUUCGAAAGCUCUGCCAUGUUAAACAAACCUUAGUGAGUAAAAAUUAGAAAAACACCCCUUGUCAUGGGGGGAGACAUUCUAUUUCGGACCAGUUUUUGUACUUGAGCUCUUCCCGCCCCCCCUCCAGGCACCAUUAAAAUUAAAUGUGGGAUCCUGCCUGGGUUCCAAAAUGGUACAGCCCAUUCCACUACCUCCAGGACUAUACCGCUUCAUUCUACUGUAUGGAUAAGCCAUACCUUAGUUCCCCAAAUUCAAUAACUAUCUUUACAUUCUCUUGAACCCACAGAAGGAUGGUUUGGUCCCAGACUUGUUUAACACACUGAUAUUCCCCCAUACAAAAGUGCUGUUUUUCAUCUAAUGGGCAACACACAGUUCAGCCACAGUGACGGUAAUUUGGGGUCACACACAUUUCGUACUGGGCAAACAAUGGUUUGCAGGAGCCAGGGGUGGGGAAGUUUCAGCCCUCAAGACUCCUAAUUCCAAUCUUCCUCAGCCACCAUGGCCAAAGGAUAGAGAUUGGUUGUCUGACAGCAUCGAGUGGGCAGCAAGUUUGCCCCUUCUCAGUGUAUGCUACUGUCUGCCUGAUUAGAACAUAACAGUAAACUAUGGUUUGGCUGAACCAGGAAGUGAGGGAGUAGGAGCAAAUCAGCUUCCAGCACAGUCACUGUGGUUUGGCUAUUGAUGUGUGAAUCCAGAUAAUAUCUGUCCCAGAAGCUGAUCCUAAUGUAUUGUUCUCGUUCUCUCUCUCAUUAGUCUACCAUCAUUGUGCCCAUCUGUUUAAAUGUUCAGUAGUAGCCUAGCUUUUUCCCCAAGCACCCUGCUAAUUAUGUUGAUGACAAAUGAGCUGAACAGCAGGUACCCGUUGCAGGUAGCAGUUGCAAACCAAUGAAACCAUUUUGGGGGGUGGGGUUCCCUUGUUGAGUGUCUACAGUUCUGAAUGCCCACACUCCUGUCAAACUCCUGUCAAAACAGGUUGAGGUUUUAUUUAUAAAGUUUCUUAUCUCAAGUUUUUUGUAAUCUUAAAUUUAAAAAAGUCUUUUUGUGACAAGUUUGGAGCUUGUUAUGUUUGGAGCUAUUAAAAAUUGG